CAGGCCGUGCGGGUCCCGGGCAGGAGAGCGCAUCACCUGUUGGGGCCGACGGGAGCGCGCGGCGCGGGGCUGGCCGGGGCACAGCCCGCGUUCCUCGGGGGCCCGGCCCGCGGGCGGGCGGACGGACGGACGGACGCGGGGACGCGCGCGCUGGGGGACGCGGGAGGCCCGGCGCUGGAAUGCAGUUUUCCCCGGCGAGAGAGACUUUGUACCGAAGUGGAGAGUAGUUUGGGGUGGGGUUUCGCACCGUCCCCUCCUCCCCACCCCCGGGCCCCCUUCCAGGCGCUUUCUGGGAGCUUUUUCAGAACUGCGCUCUGAAGUUUAAAGACCAGCGAAGGGCCUGGGCCGUAGGCAGGGACAAUGGAAGAAAAUGAAAGCCAGAAAUGUGAGCCGUGCCUUCCUUACUCAGCAGACAGCAGACAGAUGCAGGAACAAGGAAAGAGCAAUCUUCAGGUAGCAUCCUUAGAAGAUGCAGAAUGUCACAGAACCAAGGAACGCCUUUCUAAUGGAAACAGUCGUGUUUCAGCUUCCAAAUCUUCCCGAAACAUCCCAAGGAGACACACUCUAGGUGGACCUCGAAGUUCCAAAGAAAUACUGGGAAUGCAAACAUCAGAGAUGGAUCGUAAGAGAGAAGCUUUCCUAGAACAUCUAAAGCAGAAAUACCCCCAUCAUGCCACAGCCAUCAUGGGCCACCAAGAGAGGCUGAGAGACCAGGCUUUGCAGCACAUGCUGAUCUCUCUUCAGGCAGAACUUGACAUUCAAAGGUACUUGAUGAAAAUUGAAUCAUCUCAGCGAACAAGAAGCCCCAAACUGUCUCACAGUCCUCAACCUCCCAACGUGGGUGACCCAGUAGAGCAUUUAUCAGAGGCGUCUGCAGAUUCUUUGGAAGCCAUGUCUGAGGGAGAAACUCCAAGUCCUUUCUCCAGAGGCAGCCGGACUCGAGCGAGCCUUCCGGUGGUGAGGUCGACCAACCAGACGAAAGAAAGGUCUCUGGGGGUUCUUUAUCUCCAGUAUGGAGAUGAAACCAAGCAGCUCAGGAUGCCGAACGAAAUUACAAGUGCAGACACAAUCCGUGCUCUCUUCGUAAGUGCCUUUCCACAGCAGCUCACCAUGAAAAUGCUGGAGUCGCCCAGUAUCGCCAUUUACAUCAAAGAUGAAAGCAGAAAUGUCUAUUAUGAGUUAAAUGAUGUCAGGAACAUUCAGGACAGAUCCCUUCUCAAAGUGUACAACAAGGAUCCUGCCCAUGCAUUCAACCACACACCGAAAACUGUGAACGGAGACGUGAGGAUGCAGAGAGAAAUCGUUUAUGCAAGAGGAGAUGGCCCUGGUGCCUCUCGACCUGGGCCCGCAGCUCUUCUACCCCACGCCAUUCCAAAUUCUCCACCGUCCACUCCUGUGCCACAUUCCAUGCCUCCCUCUCCAUCCAGAAUCCCUUACGGAGGCGCCCGGCCAAUGGUCAUUCCUGGUAACGCCACCAUCCCCAGGGACAGACUCUCCAGCCUGCCGGUCUCCAGAUCCAUCUCUCCCAGCCCCAGCGCCAUCUUGGAAAGAAGAGACGUGAAGCCGGAUGAAGACAUGACCGCUAAGAGCCUCGCGAUGUACCGAAACGAGGGUUUCUACGCCGAUCCUUACCUUUAUCACGAGGGGAGGAUGAGCAUAGCCUCUUCGCACGGCGGGCACCCGCUGGACGUCCCCGAUCACGUCAUCGGGUAUCACCGCGCGGCGGUUCGUUCAGCCAGUGCUUACUGCAACCCUUCUUUGCAAGCGGAAAUGCACAUAGAGCAGUCACUGUACAGACAGAAGUCACGGAAGUAUCCGGAGAGCCACUUGCCUACUCUGGGCUCCAAAACGCCCCCGGCCUCUCCCCACCGAGUCAGUGACCUGAGGAUGGUGGAGAUGCACGGCCUCCAUAACGCCCAUGGGCCCUCCCACACCAUGCAGUCAGACCGGGUCUCCCCCAGCCGCCAGGCCUUCAAAAAGGAGCCCGGCACCUUGGUGUACAUUGAGAAGCCACGGACCACCCCAGGAUUAUCCGGAAUUGUGGACCUCGGCCCUCCUCUAGUUGAGAAGCAGGUGUUUGCUUAUAGCACGGCUACGAUACCCAAAGACAGAGAGACCAGAGAGAGGAUGCAAGCCAUGGAGAAACAGAUUGCCAGUUUAACUGGCCUUGUUCAGUCUGCGCUUUUUAAAGGGCCCCUUACAAGUAAUAGCAAAGAUGCAUCUAGCGAGAAAAUGAUGAAAACCACAGCCAAUAAGAACCACACAGAUGGUGCAGGAACUCCCCAGGUUUCUGGCGGGAAGCCUCUUGGCGCCCUGGAGUCCUUGGGGCCCCCCAGCCAGCUCCCGCCUGCUAGCACCUCCGCCGCCCACAUGAGCCUGCUUGACAUGAAGAGGAGUGUGGCCGAACUCAGGCUCCAGCUCCAGCAGAUGCGACAGCUCCAGCUGCAGAACCAGGAGCUGCUGAGGGCAAUGAUGAGGAAGGCUGAGCAGGAAAUCAGCAGCAAAGUGAUUGAAACGUUGAAGAGACUGGAGGACCCUGUGCAGCGACAGCGGGUCCUGGUGGAGCAGGAGAGGCAGAAAUACCUGCACGAAGAGGAAAGGGUCGUCCGGAAGUUGUGUGACCUGGAAGACUUCGUUGAAGACUUAAAGAAGGACUCUGCCUUGGCCAGCCGCGUGGUUACUCUAAAGGACGUGGAAGACGGGGCUUUCCUCCUGCACCAGGUGGGAGAGGCAGUAGCUUCCCUGAAAGGAGAAUUUCCAACCUUACAAAACAAGAUGCGGGCCAUCCUGCGCAUAGAAGUGGAGGCCGUGCGGUUUCUGAAGGAGGAGCCGCACAGGCUGGACAGCCUCCUGCAGAGAGUGCGCGGCAUGACCGACGCCCUGACCAUGCUGCGCAGGCAUGUCACUGACGGGCUCUUGAAAGGCACAGACGCAGCCCAGGCCGCACAGUAUGUCGUGAUGGAAAAGGCCACGGCCGCAGAAGUCCUGAAGGCCCAGGAGGAGGCUCCCCGCGCCUCGGGCCAGCCCCUCCCCGGUGCGGGCGUCCCCGGCGAUGUGAAGUCGGAAGUGGUGCCCUUGACCGUUCACCACGCUCAGAGCUCUCCUGUGGUCAUCCAGCCGUCCCAGCUCUCCUCCGCGCUGCUGAACCCUGCCCAGCACUUGCCAGGGGGGCCCGGGCCUCACCCGGCCAGCCCUCCCGCUAUCACACAAGAGGUGACCUCAGCUCUGCAGUCCCCGCAGAUGCCCGGGAAUGGUUCCUCCGUGCAGAGUCUGUUCAUGGACGAAAUCCACAGUGUGAGUGCCAAGAACAGGGCAGUGUCUAUCGAGAAAGCAGAAAGGAAAUGGGAAGAGAAAAGGCAAAAUCUGGACCACUAUAACGGAAAAGAGUUUGAGAAGCUCCUAGAAGAAGCCCAGGCCAAUAUUAUGAAGUCGAUUCCAAACCUGGAGAUGCCGCCAGCCUCAGGCCCACAGCCAAAGGGCGAUGCCCCAGCGGACAAGCUAGAACCUUCAGAAGACUCUCCAAAUUCAGAACAGGACUUGGACAAGCUGGGGGCUAAGUCCCCGCCUCGUCCUCCCCCACCUCCACGGAGGAGCUACCUGCCAGGAUCGGGGCUCACCACCACGAGGUCCGGCGAUGUGGUCUACACCAGCAGGAAGGAGAAUGCCACCACAAAGGCAAGCAGUGAAGAUGCUGGACCAAGCCUGCAGGCUAGAGCCACGAAGUGUCCAGCAGAGGAGCCCGCUUCAGCCUGGGCCCCAUCACCACCACCUGUCACUACUUCCUCCUCAAAGGAUGAGGAGGAAGAGGAAGGAGACAAAAUCAUGGCAGAACUCCAGGCAUUCCAGAAGUGUUCCUUUAUGGAUGUAAAUUCAAACAGUCACGCUGAGCAGUCCCGGGCUGACAGUCACGUUAAAGACACUAGGCCGGGGGCCACAGCCCUACCCAAGGAGAAGAAGGGCAUUUUUGGAAGUUGGAGAACCAAGCCACCCAAGAAUUUGGAAUUUUUCCACGAAGACGUACGGAAAUCUGAUGUUGAAUAUGAAAAUGGCCCCCAAAUGGAAUCCUGGAAGGUUACCGCAGGGGCUCCCAUACCUAGUGGCCAUCCUAAGUGGGAAAGAGGAAUGGAGAAUAGUAUUUCUGAUGCAGCAAGAACAUCAGAAUACAAAACUGACAUCUUAAUGAAGGAAAGUUCCAUAUCCACUAAGAGUUUACUUAGAGACGGUAGAAACUAUUCCCAGAAAAAUGUGUCUAGGGUCAAUUCUAGUUUCUCUGGCGUUAGUUCAUUAGAAGAUGAAAUCAACAAAGGACCUAAAAUCUCAGGGCUGCCGUACCCUGUAUCUGACACUGAGAAUCAGAAGAUGAAUUAUGAGACGACAAAGGGGGUGAGUCAGCAAGGACAAGAAAAUACAGAUAAGUGUCACCUUCCCUCUCCCACUAGAUCAACCGAAUCGACUAUUCGUGAUGUCAAAACUCAAGACCGAGAGGUUCCCAUGACAGAGUUUGGCCAAGUUGUCCUAAGACCGAAGGGAGCGAGGCAUGCUAACGUGACACCUGAUGAGGAUGGGGAGUCAACACCAGGUUCUCCCACUGAGGAGAAUGCAACCACCGACAACAUUGCCUUCAUGAUCACCAAAACCGCGGUCCAAGUUCUCUCCAGCGGGGAGGUCCGCGAUAUAGUGAGCAAACAGGGGGAAGAUGUACAGACAGUCAACAUUGACGCCAAAAAAGAGACAACUUCCCAGCACGAAGGCACAGACAAUGAAGAGCCGGUCGUGUGCCUGGACAAGAAACCCGUGAUCAUCAUCUUUGAUGAACCCAUGGACAUCCGGUCCGCAUACAAGAGACUUUCAACCAUAUUUGAGGAAUGCGACGAGGAACUGGAGAGAAUGAUGACAGAGGAAAAGAUAGAGGAAGAGGAGGAGAAUGGAGAUACUGUGGUCCAGAAUAACACUUCCCAAAAGCUUCCUAAGGAGGGGGCCUCGGGCAACCUCGGAGCAGGGCGGGAGGCUGAGAGUAAAUUCCAGCCACACUUCCUUUCAGCGGAGACCGGAAUGUCAGGAGGACAGGAAGUGAAUAAAACCGAGCAGAGCAAGUUCAACCAAGCCAAUUCUCCAAGUUCAGAAAGCCAGGGUGACACGACCGAUGACCAGUUUGAAAACCCCAAGAAAAAGUUCAAAUUCAAAUUCCCGAAGAAGCAGCUCGCCGCUCUCACGCAAGCCAUUCGCACGGGAACCAAGACGGGGAAGAAGACGUUGCAGGUGGUGGUCUAUGAAGAGGAGGAAGAGGACGGCACUUUGAAGCAGCACAGAGAAGCCAAGAGAUUCGAGAUCAGUGGGUCUCAAUCCGAAGACACCCCUAAAAGUAUGCUCAGGAGACUAGGGCAGCCCAGUCUGGAGAGCACAGCUCCGAUUUCGAGAACUGAUGAAAUCAGAAAAAAUACCUACAGAACAUUGGACAGCCUGGAGCAGACCAUCAAACAGCUGGAAAACACGAUCAGUGAGAUGAGUCCCAAAGCCCUAGUUGAUACCUCGUGUUCCUCCAACAGAGAGUCUGUUGCAAGCUCGUUCCACAUGGCCCAGGAGGCCUGUCCCCAGUCCUUGGUAGUCCUGGAUGAAGCUCCCACUGCCCUAGAGCCCCCCUCGUCUGUACCUUCAGCUUCACGUAAGGGCUCCACUGGAACCCCUCAGACGAGCAGGAUGCCGAUUCCCAUGAGUUCCAAGAACAGACCCAGCAGCCUGGACAAACCUGGCAAGCAGUCCAAACUGCAGGAUCCCCGCCAAUAUCGUCAGGCUAAUGGAAGUGCUAAGAAAGCUGGUGGGGAAUGUAAGCCUACUCUCCCCUCCUUGCCUGCUUCUAAGAUUCCAGCCCUUUCUCCCAGCUCUGGGAAAAGCAGUUCCCUGCCUUCUUCUAGUGGUGACAGCUCUAACUUCCCUAAUCCACCCACUACUAAACCAUCGGUUCCUUCUAACCCUCUCAGCCCCCAAACAGGACGAUCUGCUCCCUCUGCCUCCCUCAUCCCCUCUGUCUCUAAUGGCUCCUUAAAGUUUCAGAGCCCCGCUCAUACAGGUAAAGGUCACCAUCUCUCAUUCUCACUGCAGACUCAGAAUGGCCGAGCAGCCCCUCCUUCCUUCUCCUCCUCCCCGCCCUCCCCUGCCUCCCCAGCUUCACUGAAUCAAGGUGCCAAGAGCAUCAGGACCAUCCACACUCCUAGCCUCACCAGCUACAAGGCACAGAACGGAAGUUCAAGCAAAGCCACCCCAUCCACAGCAAAGGAAACCUCUUAAAGGCCAAAUCCUAUUAGGCACAAGUCGGAGUUACAUUUAAGAAAAAAAAAAAUUUUUUUUAACAGUCUUCGACAAGUGUUUUCACAAGAGAAUGUAACAUAUUGCUGUACUGUUUGAGGUUUAAUGCUAAGUAUGUGCUAAAUACUGGAUUAAUAGAUUUCAGUAAAGCUUGUUUGUUUUUUUACUUUGUUGCUGUUAUAAUUACAUAGUGUUUACUGUCUCUAUUCAAUACCUGUUAAAUGAAGUAAGCAUGUGUUACCAAAAGAGAGUGUGGCAGGAGAGAAGGGUGUGGUGAGACAAGAAAAAAAAUGUAUUAAGCAUGUAAAACAUGUAUGAUUCCAGAAUUUUAGUAUGUUUUGUAUAAAAAUAUUUUUCAUUACGGAGACUAGACGUGAACAGAGAAAUACACAAGUGUGACUAUACAAAUUGUAAAACAGAUACUAUAAUAUUUCCUUUUAUUUUAGUGUUAUUUAGCUUUAUUACAGAUUUCUAUUUUUGUCAAAACUUCAUGGUUCCUUUCGAGAUCUUUUUUGCCAAAACAUUUUGAUACUGUAGCAUUGUACAUUUGAAAGUAGUGUGCUAGAUAGACAAUAAGCCAAUGAACUUCUACACAAGCCAACACAGAGGCACAUGUAGAAGGCAAUUAUCAACCCUACUGCACUGCCAUGAAAAUUAUGUAUAAUAAUUUGCCGGCCCAAGCAAGCUAGUUUUGUUCUGUUUCUUUCUUUUUUCUCUUUUCUAACAUAUUGGGAUUCUCUAGUUGUUUUCUUUGCAGUAUCUAAAUCCUUCCUUUGUUUUCUGAGACCUGGUAACCCACACUAUUGCAUUGUGGAUUCUAGAAUGUACACUUCUGUACGGUUCUGUAAACUGAUCAAUUUUUGUAAAUAUAUAAAUAGACACCAAAAAUACUGUAUGUGACAGCACAUAGAGUAGUUUUCCCACACCAAAGUUAAUUUUUAUGCAUGCUUUAAAAAUAUAUCUUGGGAUGGGCAGAAAUGGAACUUCCUGGACAUUUUUAAAAAGCAACAAGUUUGCACAGCUAGAGUGUUUUUGUAAAUAAAUGUAUUUGUAUAACACAGUUAUGUAAUAUACAGAACUAUAAGCAGAGACUUUGCAAAGCUAAAUAAAGGGCUGCAUGCUUAUUAUUUUU